AUAGGGAGGUCCCUUCAAAUUGCAAUCUUGAGCUCCCUCACCACGCCACUCCAAUCCGCAUCUCCGACUUCUCUUGUCAUUUUCUCAGGGAAUAGCCCCACACACGUACGAAUAGGGUCGCUAAGACAAAGGAUAUACAGUCCUGGUGUACGGCCGACGUCUCAGCAACCGAACCUGUUUGACUACCUUGGGUGCCUGGGACAGGGUGGCAAUGGCAAACGACAAAGAAGCGUCGGGUGGUUUGGAAUGGCGGGUGACGGUCCCCAGUGGAUCGUCGGUGAAAAUGGAGUCGGAGUCUGGCGUGAUCAGCAGGGCAUGGACAUGGUUCGCUGGUGCUGUUUUGAUGGCGAAGUCAACGGUGUUCGGCUUCGGGAAGAGUGUCUGGAAGAUGGGAGUGGAUGACCCGAGAAAGGUCAUCCAUGGAUUCAAGGUGGGGAUCGCGCUUUCUCUGGUGUCCAUCUUCUACUAUACCAGGCCCUUGUAUGAUGGAGUUGGCGGAAAUGCCAUGUGGGCCGUCAUGACAGUUGUAGUUGUAUUCGAAUACACAGUAGGUGGGUGCUUGUACAAAGGAUUCAACAGAGCCGUCGCAACGCUAAGUGCCGGUGGCCUUGCGGUGGGCAUCCACUGGAUUGCGAGUAAGACAGGAGAGAGAGUGGAGCCCGUAAUUCUUAGUGCUUCAGUCUUCCUAUUAGGUGCAGCUGCAACCUUUUCCCGGUUCAUACCGACCAUAAAAGCCCGAUUUGAUUAUGGUAUAACGAUAUUCAUCCUCACCUUCAGCUUGGUCGCUGUCUCUGGCUACCGUGUGGAUGAAGUGCUCGAUUUGGCACAGCAGCGUUUGUCCACCAUCGCCAUCGGGAUCUUCAUUUGCCUACUCGUGUGCAUUCUGAUCUGCCCCGUUUGGGCCAGCGAAGAGCUUCACCUCCUCAUCACCAGAAAUAUGGAAAAGCUUGCAGAAUCCUUGGAGAGCUGCAUCAAAGAAUAUUUCAUGGAGGAUGGAGACGUCGACGGAACGAAUUCAUGCUCCCAAAAGUCACAGGGUUACAAAUGUGUUCUAAAUUCGAAGGCAUCCGAAGAUUCACAGGCUAAUCUAGCAAGAUGGGAACUUGCUCAUGGCCGUUUCGGCUUUCGCCAUCCAUGGAGCCAAUACCUCAAGGUUGGAGCCGCGAUGAGGUACUGCGCUUACUGUAUGGAAGCCCUCAAUGGUUGCAUCAAUUCGGAGAUUCAGGCACCUAAGUCCACAAAGAAGCAUCUGAGAGAAGUUUGCAUGAAGCUGAGCUCAGCGUCCUCAAAGGUCUUGAAGGAGUUGUCGAGCUCCAUAAAGUCGAUGAAAAGGUCUCAAAGCAUAGAUUUUUCAGUUGAAGAGAUGAGUAAUGCAGUGGAGGAGCUCCACGAUGCUUUAAGAUCAUUUCCUAACCAAUUUACACAAGAAGCAGACGAACCGGCCGUAGAAGCAACUGAAGAGAAAAAGCACUCCAUCUCGGUGACUACUACCUUGCCAGCGAUAGAACUGUUGCCGUUAAUCACAGUAGCAUCUCUGCUGAUUGAGAUAUCAGCUAGGAUUGAAGGGGUUGUCGAUGCUGUCCACACCUUGGCAGAUCUUGCAGGCUUUGAUUCUGUCGAGAAAGAGAAGCCCCUGUCUCCAACACAUCAAGAACAACAAGACAUGAAAGCCAUUCAAGAGGUCUGAGGACUCGUUAAACUAGAAGCGAACCAGAUGAGUCUCUGGUUGGCUUAAGGGGAAUAUAGGAAGAAAGAUGACGUGCUCUUUUUCUUUAAAACCUCUCAGCUGUUAACUAACUGUUUUAUCCUGGCACCCUGUCCUUUUACACGUUCUUCUUUUUCCGUGAAGUAAAAGGAGGCCAAGCUAUCAUUAUUAUUAAUGAAAUGAAAACCUGUACGUGUUA